GUGAAGCUCACAUUUAUUGGCUCACCAUUGACAAAAUGACAUCGCAGCAAGUUGUCAGUGUGUUGCUACUGGUUAUUCCGUGCCUUGUGUCGGCAUCAACCACGUACGAAGGGUAUGGCACAGUCUACACGCUUGGUACGCCGUCCAGCGGCAAUUGCAACUUCAUGAGCUGGCCGGACGCUGCCGUCACCAAGUACGCUGCACUCAACGCCGAGCAAUGGGAAGAGACCAUGAACUGCGGCCGAUGCGCCGAGGUCUCAUGCACCGACGCGUCGUGUUCGGGUCAGUCCGAGAUCGUGUACAUCAUGGACCAGUGUCCGGGUUGUGCGUACGGCGAUCUGGAUCUGUCUCCGGACGUGUUCGAGAGCAUCACGGGCCAAUCGUACACGAAGCUGAGCAUCGAGUGGAAGUUUGUGGAUUGUCCGAUCUCGAACAACGUACAGUACUGUUUGAAGACGGGUAGUAGUGGGUUCUGGGUGGCAGUGCAACCUACGAACUGUGCGUCCGGUGUGAAGAGUCUGUCGAUCAAUGGCCAAGAGACUUCGGUGAUCGACUCAGCCUACUACUUCCUGAUCGAUGGAAGCGGGGAGAGUGUGGCAGAUUUAAGCUCCAUAAGCAUUUCGAUGACUGGUGUGAACGGUGAAAUGCUGGAGGAGACACUGUCCUUGACAGCCGACGAGUGUACAGAAGGUAGUUCGCAGUUCUCCUCUAGUGGCACCAACAACGACACCGACGCCCCCACUACGGCACCACCAACCACGGCUCCUGUGACGGAAGUGCCAACGACAGCACCGGCGACGACAGCCCCCGCUUCCACGACUCAAAUUGCAUCGUCAACGCCGGUACCGACGCCCGAUUCGACGCCUUCAGCUACGGAAGCUUCCGUUCAGGAAGAAGCGAGUAGUAGUAGCGGUCUUCACUCGACCGCAGCCAUUGGCGGUCUCAUUGCUGCUGUCUGUGUGGCUUUAGGACCGGUUGUUGGCGUGGCAGUGGUCGUCCACAAGAAGCGCAAACUGCUUGAAGAAAGCAAAAACAUGGACAAUCGGGUGUCAGCCGUGUCUUAUGCCAGUAUCCGCACACCAAGAGCUGAGGUCCCUGUAAUGCACUCCGCCGUGUAA